AUGUCCUGGAAUCGUGAAGAAGACGACCAGUUGAUGCAGUUGGCGCAGGACUGUACUAUCCAAGGAAUCAUCUUUUGGAACAUGGUCGCUGCCUCGAUGCCGAACCGUAGCGAGCUGCAGCUCUUCGAGCGCUACCACAAGCUCCUGUUGCGUCCGCCAAAGAAGGGCCGCUUUACGGCCGAGGAGGACCGUAUCAUUAUGAAAUGGACGCAUAAUCAGGGCGAAUCGUUUUUACAUUUCAACCCGAAUCGGCUGCCGGGACGGACGAAGAAUGCAAUCCGCGCCCGGUACAUGAACACUCUCCGGUUUGCAAACUGCUACACCAGCUGGACGCUGGCCGACGACAAGAAGCUGUUGGAAUUUGUGCUUGAAAGCCUUGCGAAGAACGACGCGAUUCACUGGGGCAAAUGUGCCAAGCUUUUGGGGAAUCGUUCACGUCACAGCUGCCGGUCACGUUACUAUACAAUCUAUAAGCACAUUGACAGCGGCUCCGGAACAACGCUGGCUAAGUUACCGCGGCGCAAAAACAGACUUCAGGUCGCUGCCGUGAAUGUCACACCGACGCCAUCAACCACAUCCGGAAUGUGGGCUGGGGGCUCGGACCAGGCAACAAACGGAGAUGCUUUUUCCAGCUACGUACCGUCCAACGCAGAUGACGCGGUAGGCGAAGGCGAUAAUCUAGGCGAAGAAGAAGAAGAAGAAGGCGAUAAUCUUAACGCUGCCGAGAAUCGGUUCUAG